AUGCUGUGUAAGAAGCUCAGCCCUCCACAGAACCCUCGCAUGCACUGCAGAAGGAGUGUUGGACGCCAGGUGCGCAAAAGGCAUCAUCAGCAGGCAGGAUGGGCUAGACGAAUAGAGACCAGCAGAGACCUAUUGGUAGCCGGUCUCUAUACCAAGGCUCGUACAAAGCAGACUGCCCGCAAAUCUACCGGUGGUAAAGCACCCAGGAAGCAACUGGCUACAAAAGCCGCUCACAAGAGUGCGCCCUCUACUGGAGGGGCGAAAAAACCUCAUCGUUACAGGCCUGGUACUGUGGCACUCCGUGAAAUUAGACGUUAUCAGAAGUCCGCUGAACUUCUGAUUCGCAAACUUCCCUUCCAGCAUCUGGUUCGAGAAAUUGCUCAGGACUUCAAAACAGAUCUGCGCUUUCAGAGUGCAGCUAUUGGUGCUUUGCAGGAGGCAAGUGAGGCCUAUCUGGUUGGCCUUUUUGAAGAUACCAACCUGUGUGCUAUCCAUGCCAAACGUGUAACAAUUAUACCAAAAGACACCCAGCUAGCACGCCGCAUACGUGGAGAACGUGCUUAAGAAUCCAUUAUGAUGGGAAACAUUUCAUUCUUUAAAAAAAAA